ACGUGCGGCGUGAUAUGCGCGCGGGACGAACCGUCUGAAGGCCGGCGUUGCCGCGCGAAGCAUCUGGCGAGUGUGUUGCGUUCUUGUGCGAUACGAGGAGGAAAUUGUAAACGUGAGAACUGUGAGAAAGAGAGAGCGCGCGAGCGGACGAUAAACAACAUGGAGAACGCGCCGGCGGAACGUCGGGACGUCGUGUCGUGAAGAAGGGACGGGAAGUGCGCGCGGGGACACGAGUCAUCGUCGUCGUCGUCGUCGUCGUUGUCGUUGUCGUUUCGUUUCGUGUCAGCAGCCGUCGUCGUCGCUUAAAUGACACGGCACGAUGACGCGGUCCAAGAUACAGAAGAUGAAGUUUUUCAUAUUCCUGCUGAUCUUCCUGCUUGCGCAGACGGCGGUCUGCGACGGGAGCUUCCGCGAGAAGAGGGACGGGCUGAAGAAUGCUUCUGACGAUGACAACGAGAAAGUGAGUUCCGUCGGCAGGAACAAGGUUCCGGCCGACAAAGACCCCGACAAUUCGGUCGCGCAUAAAGCAACCGGUCAGCAGAACGCGGCCGGAUCAGCGGCCGAGACGGCGAAGAAGCCGACGGCGGUCAAGGACAAGUCGCAACACAAUAUAACCUCAAAACCCGACGUCGUGAAUCAUACUGCGCCUCACAUCGCGGACAAGUCCAACGAGCAAUCCAGCGAUGGCUUCACAAACGUCAAUACUGGCGCCCUUGCACGUGGGUUUUUGGUCUUCUUGGGACUAAGCGUCCUUGUCAUAGCCUACAUGGUGUUCCGUAGCUUUAGAUUAAGUAAAACACGUGCCCAAUUGGUUCGAAAGUACGGUGUCCUUACGCACAGACAGGAUGUCGAGAUGCGGCCGCUGCCACUCGAGGAGGAGGACGACGAAGACACGACCGUCUUUGACGCGAGUAGCGUUGUGGCCACCCACGGUCAACAUCAGCACGCGUAAUUUGUAUCUUGCGAAAGGAAGAGAGAAUUACACCACUGUGCUGUCAUGUUGUCUGUGUGAUGUUCGCUCUCUCGGCAUUACAUGUUUUUAAAAUGACAUUCAACUAACUACUUCAUCGUGAAGAUGGUCGAAAAACUCGUGAAAAGACCACCAAGGCAUUUUUUCGCGUCCACUCGGACAAAAGAGCUAUUUGCUUUGUGCGGUGAAACUAUUAACAUCCGCGAAUACGCAUCUGUGAUGCACUUAUCACUCACAUAACGUGCUUGUUAGCAAUAGAUAUACUUUUUCCGGAAGAGAUAGGUAAGAGAAGAGAACAAAAUGUUUCUACCAAUAUUCUCCAUCCUACAAUAUUUAACGUUACUAUGUGAUAUAGCUUACAAAAAAAAAAAAAGUUUAGAGGUGUAUCAUGUCUGUGAAGUAAAGUGAAAAGUUAACGGGUGACUGUAUCUUUACUCUUAUACAGAUUUAUAUUUUAAUUAAAUCUCUCCGUUGUUGUAUAAUUAAAAUAAUACAAAUACAGA